UAGUUUAUGUCAAGAAGAACGUUAAAUUAGUGGUAAUGGUCUAAGAUGUACAUUUCACAUCUGUCAAAGUAUGUGAAAUAUAUGCUUUUAAAUUAACCUAUGCAAUGGCACAAACACGAGUUAUACAAGUUACGCUGGUUUUCUUUGGAGCGAUAUCAUCUUCUGGAUACGGAUUUCCUGAAAUCAAUCAAAAGAACUUGAUAUUGGGAAGACAGUAUGGACACAAAUGUAAUCAACAUUAUGGAGUUUUAGAAAACAAGACUUUUGUCAUUACAUCAGAUGAUUACCCCUUACAUCCGCCAUGUUCUGUUGUAUUGACUGGAUACAAAGAGGAAAAUAACACACACAAGUAUUCACAUUUGUGCUAUGAGGUCAUAGAUCUAUUCGUACCAUGUGAUGCAGAGGGCAAUAAUACAAUUUCGAUCGAAAAGCAGAAACUAUUGGAGCACAGCAAUGACACAUUCUUUGGAUCCGCAGUAAGUAUUUAG